GUAUUGCUAAUAUAUCAAAAGUGCUCGAACGUAAUGGAGUCUACUAGUGUGAAAGGUAGCAAAUCGGCAUUUUCAAUUGAUAACAUAUUAGACCAGAAAGUAACAGUACAAAAAAGUUAUACAGAACCUAGCAGUAAGGAGCCCACACUGGCGAAGGUACCGGUUAUAACACCAAGAACAUAUGAACAAGGACUAAGCACAUCAAGUAGCCAUGUUGCAGUACCUAAGGCUAUCGCAGCCAUAUCUUCAGUCGAUGCGGCUGCCUAUAACAUGUUGAAAAAUUUGUCAUUUAAAAAUGAACAUUCCAAUAAUAGUAGUAGUUUGCUUUCUCCUGCUGCAACAUUACAGCGUUUCGACCCAGUCGUGUACGAUCCUGCCUCAUUAUUUUAUCAGCAAGUUCUGAAUCUGCAAAAAAACUCAGCGCUAUUUAUGCCUCAUUUCCAAGCCGCGGCAGCUGCGGCUUCGCUAACACCGUCGGCAUAUUGCGACCAAUAUAAUCCAUUUUUGGAAUGUGACGGUUUCUCCAAUAACAGCGCGGCUGCUCUUUAUUGCAAUGCAUAUCCAGGAUUUUAUUUACAAAACUUUGGUGUUAAACGUAAAGGUGGUCAGAUACGUUUUACAUCCCAACAAACCAAAAAUCUCGAAAAUCGCUUUUCCAAUUCAAAAUAUUUAUCACCUGAAGAACGUCGACACUUGGCUUUGCAAUUGAAACUUACAGACCGUCAAGUGAAAACCUGGUUCCAAAAUAGACGCGCAAAAUGGCGACGAGCCAACCAAACAAAACGUUCGCUUGGAACAAGUACAACAAUUGCUGCAAACUUAAUGAAUGGGACUAGUAGCACAACAGUUAUAACCAGCAGUAGCAGUAGGGGUACAACUUCCUUAAAUGAUGUAGAUGAUAAUGAUCUUUCAAUCUCAAAUGAAGAAGAUGAGGAAAUGGAUGAUAGUGAUGCCGAAUAA